AUGUCUAGACAAGACGAAGCUAGAGCAUUCCACUACGCAGUGUACGAAGCUGUACAACUGAUACCUCAAGGACGAAUCACAACUUAUGGACACAUUGCUAAACUUAUAUAUAAACCUAGAAAUUCGAGACAAGUAGGGCAAGCAUUGAAGUUUUUACCUAGAGAGGGUCAAGAACAUGAAUAUCCUUAUAGUACUGCAAAUGUUCCUUGGUGGAGAGUGGUAUCUAGUGCUGGUGUUAUAUCUCCAAGAGAGGGAGGAGCUGUUCAAUUGCAAGCUGAUCUGCUAAGGCAGGAAGGCGUAGAAGUUGAUGGUAAUAAUAAACUCAAACUUUCUGAAUUUGGUUGGUUUCCAGAGACUGAAUUUGAUGAAUAUGACUGA